UCAUCGUCCAACCACCGUCACCUUUGUCUUUGAGACUACUCUUGUCCUCUUUCUUACACAUUUUUAACACACACGAAAAAAUGGUUGCGCAAGUCCAGAAGCCUGCACCUGAGUUUGCUGGCCCGGCUGUCGUAGAUGGCGUUAUUACUGAUAUCGCAUCAAAGGAUUUUGUCGGGCAAUGGGUCGUGCUGCUGUUCUACCCAAUGGACUUCACGUUCGUUUGCCCAACCGAGAUUCUUGCGUUCAACGAUAACCUCCCUGCCUUCAAGGCUAUUAACACGACUGUAAUCGGUGUCUCUACCGACUCGCACUUCUCACACCUUGCAUGGACACAACGUCCACGCUCAGAGGGUGGUCUUGGCCCAGACCUUAAGCUCCCACUCCUCGCCGACAAGUCGAUGAAGAUCUCACGCGACUAUGGUGUUCUACUUGAAGAUGAGGGCGUUGCUCUCCGCGGACUGUUCAUUAUCGACCCGAAGGGUACGCUCCGCCAGAUCACUGUGAACGAUCUUCCUGUCGGCCGUUCAGUUGAGGAGACCCUUCGCCUUGUUAAGGCAUUCCAAUUCACUGAUAAGCACGGUGAAGUGUGUCCUGCAAACUGGCAGGAGGGUGGUGCAACAAUGAAAGCCGACCCGAAGGGCUCGCUCGAGUACUUCGCAAGUGCCAAUGCAGACGCAAAUGGAUCCGUCAAGCGUAAGCGGCUUGAUUAAACUAUAGCCGUAUUCCAGUUCACUGCUUUGCUGACUUUUGACCCCCUUUCCCAUCUCCGCUUCUCGACUUAUUGCUCUCGUGUCUGUUAUUGAUUGGCUGUCCCUAAUCACUGUUGUCCCAUCUUGUCCCGAAUUGUCCCGGUUUCGGAUCAUCCUUAUAAAAAUUCACUUAUAUUGUGCUGUGAUUUGAAUUGUUUAUUCAUCUCGCAAUUAUCUUCUGCUUGGAUCUUUACUCAUUCUUUCCAAACUUCUUUUCAAUCUACCUUCAUCUUGCGUUUAUGCUUGCUUCGGAUUUCUUCUCGACCAUUCGCAUCAUGACCCGUUGAUAACAG